AUCCUCCAUCCCUGAUUAAGGACUCUCUCUCUGUCCCCCUUUGUCUUCCAUGGAGUUUCAGAAACGACGGGACAAGGAAAAUUUACCGGAAAGAAAGGGGCAAAAGAGGAAACUGGAGGAGGAGUUCGACGACGAGCGAGAGAUCUCUGUUCUAUCGUCGUCCUCCUCCGGCGACGCCCGCCAGGCGCUACUCUGCGAGGUCAGUGUGCAGGUUAACGUCCUCAAUACCACCUUCUCUUGGAAGGAAGCCGAUCGAGCCGCUGCCAAGCGAGCCACUCACGUUCUCGCCGAGCUCUCAAAGAACGAGGAAGUUGUGAAUGUUAUUGUGGAUGGUGGUGCCGUACCAGCACUGGUAAAGCAUCUUCAGGCACCGCCGAGCGAAGGAGAUGGUGUUCCAAAGCCAUUCGAGCAUGAGGUUGAGAAAGGGAGUGCUUUCACUCUGGGCCUUCUUGCUGUAAAGCCAGAGCAUCAAGAACUCAUAGUCGACUCUGGUGCCUUGCCUCAUCUCGUGGAUCUAUUAAAGAGGCACAGGGAUGGUUCCAGUUCUCGGGCUAUCAGCAGUGUCAUUCGGAGGGCAGCUGAUGCAAUUACUAACCUUGCACAUGAGAAUAGCAGCAUUAAAACCCGUGUCCGAUUGGAAGGUGGGAUUCCUCCUCUUGUUGAGUUACUUGAAUUCCUUGAUCCAAAAGUACAAAGAGCAGCUGCUGGAGCGCUGCGAACUCUGGCAUUCAAGAAUGAUGAAAAUAAGAACCAGAUCGUGGAAUGCAAUGCUCUUCCUACCCUGAUUCUUAUGCUCCGAUCCGAGGAUGCAGCUAUACAUUACGAAGCGGUUGGAGUAAUUGGAAAUUUGGUACACUCAUCUCCAAACAUCAAGAAGGAAGUUCUCCUUGCUGGGGCUUUGCAACCUGUUAUUGGAUUGCUCAGUUCUUGCUGUUCUGAGAGCCAAAGGGAGGCAGCUUUGUUACUUGGACAAUUUGCUGCUACUGAUUCAGAUUGCAAGGUGCAUAUUGUUCAAAGAGGUGCUGUCCUGCCUUUAAUCGAGAUGCUUCAAUCCCCAGAUGUACAACUUAGAGAAAUGUCAGCCUUUGCACUUGGGAGGUUGGCACAGGACACACAUAACCAAGCUGGUAUUGCUCAUAAUGGUGGUUUGGUGCCAUUGUUAAAGCUUCUUGAUUCCAAAAAUGGGUCUCUGCAACAUAAUGCUGCAUUUGCUCUUUAUGGCCUUGCGGAUAAUGAGGAUAAUGUGUCCGAUUUUAUCAAGGUGGGAGGUAUUCUAAAGCUGCAGGAUGGAGAAUUUAUUGUUCAAGCAACGAAAGAUUGUGUAGCCAAAACAUUGAAAAGAUUAGAGGAGAAGAUUCAUGGACGAGUUUUGAACCAUUUGUUAUAUUUGAUGCGUGUAUCAGAGAAGGCUGAUCAAAGACGAGUUGGCUUGGCUCUUGCCCAUCUUUGUUCCCCAGAAGAUCAGAGAACUAUAUUCAUUGAUAACAAUGGAUUGGAGUUACUCCUUGGCCUUCUCAGUUCUACGAGCCUGAAGCAGCAACUUGAUGGUUCUUUAGCUCUUUUCAAAUUGGCUAACAAAGCCAUGACUCUGUCUCCUAUCGACGCGGCUCCUCCAUCUCCAACACCACAGGUGUAUUUGGGGGAACAAUUCGUAAACAAUGCUACGUUGUCCGAUGUUAUCUUUCUAGUUGAAGGUAAACGUUUCUAUGCCCAUCGAAUUUGCCUACUUGCUUCUUCAGAUGCAUUCCGUGCAAUGUUUGAUGGUGGUUAUCGGGAGAAGGAUGCAAGAGACAUAGAGAUUCCAAACAUAAGAUGGGAAGUCUUUGAACUGAUGAUGAGAUUCAUAUACACAGGAUCCGUAGAUGUUACAUUGGAUGUUGCACAAGAUCUCCUCAGAGCUGCUGAUCAGUAUCUCUUGGAGGGACUCAAGCGUCUUUGUGAGUAUACCAUUGCACAGGAUAUAUCGUUGGAAAAUGUUUCAAGCAUGUACGAGCUAUCAGAAGCCUUCCACGCUAUUUCAUUGAGACACACAUGCAUCCUGUAUAUUUUGGAGCAGUUUGAUAACCUAAGUGCUAGGCCCGGGUACUUUCAACUGGUCCAGCGCAUAAUACCAGAGAUCCGCAAUUACUUUAUUAAAGCACUUACUAGGUCUAACCCAUAUAACUUGCGGCUGUAGAUUGCUGCUCUUUGAUUCUUGAUUUCUAACGGAGUACGAUGUACAUAAAGUGGUAGAUCUCGCUGUUGUCAAGCAAGUGAAGGAUCUAAAUUUUCUUCUUAAGCUAGAGUUCUGUUGCUUGUAAACACUGUGAGUUCCUCCUGUAGUUUCAUAUUUUUAGAUAUUGCUGGCUGCUAGGACCAUCCAUUGUAAUUUUUACUCAUUGUGACUAUUAUAGUGAUCAAAUGUAUUAUGGGUUCAAAAUAAAUGUUGAUAACUGAAAACACAUCUUUUUGUUGUUUUG